UCAGACACAUGAGUACGUGCGAGCUAGUUCAUUGAGCGUUCAAAAACGAUGAUAUAAUUUAUAUUCGGCGUAAAUUCCACCAAUUGAGAGGACACGUGUAAAAAAAGAAGAUCAAUCGGUGGUAUUUCUCAAGAAUAUCAUAAAUUAAACGGUCGUAUACUCAGGAAUUGGUGUAGCUCGUGACGUUGAAGCCCGGAAAUAAAUUCAGUGCUGAAGUGUUGAAAUAAAGUAAGAGUAAUAAAAUAAGCCCUCUCUGCUGGGCGUUCCACUUUUUGCUGAACAUUUCGGAAUCAGAAAAAAAAGCAAUAUUUAAGAAUGGGGGAGACAACGUUGGAAUCUAUUAAUUUUAUUGAGACUGAUUUGAUACCCGAGAUGGUGCACAAUCGAUGCUUCUGUGAGUCAGGAUCACGUGAAUUCGUAGAGUUUGAAUCGGUAUCAGUGAGACCACUGAUAACAUCUCGAGUGAAUAAGACUCGUGAAUUAUACAGAGGUAAAGUGAUCAUCAGGUUCUCAGGGGAGCCCAAAUCCUUUGACAUCAUCAUAAAACUCCUACCCACCAGCUGUCAAGAUGACGAUCGAGCUUACGGAAGUUUUCUAAAUGAAGAAAUGUUCUAUAACAAGAUGACAGCAAAAUUCAAAUUGAAUAUUUAUCCUAAAUGCUAUGCAGCUGAUAUGGGUAGAUACGGUCGCCCGGUUGUUGUUCUGGAAGACCUCGAGGCCGUUGGAUAUCGCCAUCUUUCUACCAAACUGGAUGGCAAUCACUUGAAAUUGUUACUCCAGGCCAUUGCUGAAUUUCAUGCCUGCGGGAUCGACCUCAAGCACAAGGAGUUCUCGAUAUUUCGAGAAUUCUACGCCAAAUUAAUAGAGACUAAGAGUGACGGGGACAAGUACAUGGAAAAAUUUUAUCGAGCCCUGCACAUUCUGAAAGAAAAUGAAUCAGAGUAUGUGGAAAGAUUGAGAAGGGAACUCGGUAGUAGAGAAAUGAGGUGUGAGGCGAACGAAAAUCCAUUCUUCACAAUUUGUCACGGUAAUUUGGACUUGAAUCACUCAUUAUUUUUCUACGACGGAGAAAGACCGAUAAGCGUCCAGAUUUUGGGUUGGAAUAGAAUGGUCUACACGUCUCCAACAAUUGAUUUAGAAUCGAUUCUCCGGGAAACUCAACUAGAAAAGAAUUGCAUCACCGAGAUUCAUAAAAAUUUUGACGAUUACUUUGACACACUAUUCAGCUCAAGCACAACCUUGAAAAAUGAGGGAUUACGCAUGUUUUUCCGGGCGAUCUUCGUAUUUCUUGUAUUCUCCACAAUUCCGGAAAGCCCAGAAAAUGAACAUGAGCUCAUCAAUUUUCUGAAUUCACUCUUGUAACACCGUUACUCCUGCAAGUGCCUGAAAGCUGAACUGAAAAUUGCGCAAGAGUUUCUCAGAAGGAUAACUUUGUAGAAAAAAGUGCAAUAAAUUGUCUGCCAUUACGAUAA